AUGGCAGGAGGAGCAUUUGUACCGAGUGGAGGAGGAAGACAUCAUGAAGGUGAGGUUACUGCCUUUGUGUUGGUGACGUGUUUUGUAGCUGCUAUGGGAGGUCUUCUAUUUGGUUAUGACCUUGGUAUUACCGGAGGAGUGACUUCUAUGGAACCGUUCUUAAUCAAGUUGUCAUUGGUAGCCUCUUUCUUUGCUUCAAUUACAACAAGAUUGCUUGGACGUAAACCUUCAAUGUUUAUAGGUGGUUUGUUUUUCCUUAUUGGUGCCUUGCUAAAUGGUUUUGCUAUAAAUGUUGGAAUGCUUAUCAUUGGUCGUUUGUUGCUCGGGUUUGGGGUGGGAUACUGCAAUCAGCCACAAACUGUACCGGCUCAGGCUUUUGUGGCGGCCUUUGCAGCCACAAAUUGUAAUGUCACUUCAGGAUUUUGUGGCGGACUUGACCCUCACAAAAUUUAG